AUGGGAGUCGACAGCACAGAACACCGACGGCAUGACGAGUCUCGCGAGGAGCUGCUGUCGUCGCAAAAGCACCCGUACUCUGUCGGAGCUGGCCACAUACUGAGUCCAAAGAAGCACGAUUGGACAACACAACUUGCCCUUCCACAUCAGUUCUGGCACCGGUCAUGGAACAUGUACCUCUUCUGUGUAGCCGGCAUAGGCUUCGUCAUCGGGCACCAUGCCUUUUACCUUUCGCUGGAGGGAAGCAUAGUCCACGGAGAUGAUCAGUUAAUUAUGCUCCGUUACGGUACCGCCCUCGCAUUCGCAGCCAAAGCAAGUCUGGCUGCCGCCAUGGUGUCGGCACUCCGGGAGCAAGCCUGGGCGACAGUAAGGUCACGCUUCUUGACCGUCGCCACUCUCGACAAGGUGUUGUCCGCCCCGCAGACGCCCUUGUCUCUCCUAAGCUUGGAGUUUCCCCGCAAAGCGAAAGUUGCUGCUGUUCUAGCAAUAUUCGGUUGGAUAUCACCACUUAUCGUCAUUCUAACUACAAACACGCUGGUAGUGGAGCCAGCUAUAGAAACUCAAAACACUGCAUGCCCUGGGAUAAGGUCGUUGAACUUCACCUUCGAAGCGACCAACGACUUCCGGUCUACUCCCAAGAUUGAGGACUUUUUCCAAAUAUCCCUCAGCAUGUGGAACACCACAAUUUUGGACCCCGAUGAGUUCUUGACCUCGGCCACUUUCCUCCAACGACCAGUCACCGAUCCGGACGAGACUUUCAUAGUCUGCGAAAAGGGCUGGAAUUGCAGCGCCGAGAUCAGCUUUGUCGGCCCUGCUUACAAGUGUCAAGAGCUUGCUCGUGGCGUUGGCGCCACACCAAGGGUUCUACAACAGCAAUCUGGCAAUGCAUGCCUUCCGUUUGAUUUCGACAUGCUUGCGCCGAAGGGCAAUCACACAUGGAUCGCUUCUGCGACUCUCGGGGAGUACCACGACCCGCAGCUGAAGGAUGUCGGGCCCGGCGGAAUACCGACGUUCAAUUCCCCAUUUCCGAGAAACUUGGGAGCCUUUCGGACGGAACCUGUAAUAUGGGUAGGGUACGCCGAGCUCGUCAAUACGUCUAUCCCGCCUUAUCUAGUAGAACGCGGUCAGGAGUUUAACGCCGAAGCAUGGAUGCCAAACGUCUUCGAUUGUGAACACUACGAGACCAGGUAUACCGCCGAGCUACGAUACAGAGACGGCGUCCAGCUUCAUGUGAUCAUGUCUCGCCAGUUGUUUGACCCCAUUGUGAAUACGACCUUCCAAGGCCAUAUCCAGGCAGUCGACAGAACCGAGGAUAACACAACCGCGACGCCAGAGGAAAAUUACGUCCUGCCCAGAGACACCUUGAAAUACCGGAAAACAGCAGCUUACCAUAGCUUGGGACUAUUCCUACGUAACAUGAUUAACGGCACAAUAUCCGAACCCAACACGAACGCCAACUCAUUCGUGAUCCAAACCAGCCUUAUAGACCAGAGGCUGUACAACGCCCGGUCCAACAUGGUAAGCCAGUUGGAAAAGUACUACGAGACUCUUGUCUUGUCGAUGCUUGCCAAGCCACGCUUCCUGCCUGUCGUAUGGGCCUCCAAACCGGACGAGCAGACCGGCAUUCGGGACAGCGGUUCGGGACCCAAGGAGGACUAUAUGUACCCAUGUCAGAGGGAACGCGCGGCCAUCAAGUUCUACUACCGAUCACAGAUUCUCUUCAGCGUGUAUGGUGUGGCGAUAUUUUUCACGAUUCUGGGGGUGACAGCAGGCGCACUUGCAUUGCGGAAGAACGACGGCGUGCCGCGUAACACUGAAUUUUUCAGCAUUGUCGCCGCAACGCGAGGAUCCCAUCUCGUCAAAGUGCCCUGGAAUGGGGCCGAGGGUGAUUCGGGCGGCGUCCCGAAAGAAGUAAUGCGUAUGGAGAUAGGAUAUGGGCGUCUGAGGACUGCAGAGAGCAACGUUGUCAAUCAGGAAGAAGGCGACGACAGAACAGACAGUCCGAAACCCAUGCCUAGGAGCCCAGAGUUCGGUUUCGGCUUCGAAGGGGAUCUACAUUAG